AACAAAAAGAAGGCAAGGGAUAAGUAACAAAAGGAAACAUAACCAUUGUAGAUGUUUCUUCCUCUUGCAAAUCAGUCUGAGUCAUUCCCUAUGGUGGUCCAUGCCUUUUUGUGAAGAAGGCCGCCCAACGCUAAUUCUCAACCGCUGACUGCUGUAUUCUUUUUAACAUGCUAGUUGGCAUCAGUCAGGAAUACUGCCUGCUUUGUUUAAUGACUGGUUUUCAAUCUCGACAGUCUUGAGUGAUUAGGCAGAUCGCUAUGAACAAAGUUUGGCUUCUGGUUUUUGUGCUUUUCAACAGUGAGUUUUUUCCAUUCGGCAGCAGCCUGAAUGUUACCACCAGACCCGAUGUUGUGAACAUUGGAGCAAUCUUUUCCUUCAACUCUACCGUUGGUAAAGUUGCAAGAGUGGCCAUAGAAGCUGCUUUGGAAGAUGUGAAUUCUGAACCAGCUGUCCUCAAUGGAACUAAACUGAAGCUCACAAUGCAGGACACAAACUAUAGUGGGUUUCUGGGCAUCGUUGAAGCAUUAAAGUUAGUGCAAAAUGAAAUCGUGGCGAUAAUUGGCCCACAGUUUUCGGUGACGGCUCAUCUUGUUUCUCACAUCGCAAAUGAGCUCCAUGUCCCUCUAGUAUCAUACGCUGCAACAGACCCCGCCCUGUCUUCACUUCAAUACCCGUUCUUUGUCAGGACAACGCAGAGUGAUCUCUUUCAAAUGGCUGCAAUAGCAGAUAUCAUAGAGUACUAUGAAUGGAGAAAUGUCAUAGCUGUCUUUGUUGAUGACGACCACGGGAGAAAUGGAAUCUCUGUGCUCGGAGAUAAACUGGAAGAGAGCCGUGCUAAGAUCUCAUACAAAGCACCCAUGAGGCCUGGUGCGACUCGGAAUGAAAUCACCAACGUACUAGUUAAAGUGGAUUUAAUGGACUCUAGGAUUUUUGUUCUUCACACUUACGCUGACUGGGGACUGGAAGUGCUUGAUGUGGCAGAGACUCUUGGCAUGCUGGGAUCAGGCUAUGUGUGGAUAGUUACUGAUUGGCUUUCCACAGUCCUGGAUACCUACUCUCCUGUUUCUUCAAAUGUUAUAGCUAACGUUCAAGGAGUCGUUACAUUGCGCAUGCACACUUCGGAUUCAAAACAGAAAACAAAUCUUGUCACUGGUUGGAGCAACUUGACUAGUAGAAAGGCAAGCAAUGGCCCUUUUGGGUUGAGCACUUACGGUCUUUAUGCCUAUGACACCGUUUGGCUGUUGGCUCAUGCAAUAGAUAAGUUCUUCAAUCAGGGAGGAAAUAUCUCGUUUUCAAAGGAUUCUAGGUUGACCCAACUAGGACUAGGAGGAGGAAAAUUGCCUUUUGAUGUCUUGAGCAUCUUUAAUGGAGGUGAGUUGUUGCUCAAGAGCAUUUCAGAGGUUAACAUGAUAGGGGUGACAGGCCCGAUCAAGUUUACUUCAGAUGGUUACCUCAUUCAUCCUGCAUAUCAAGUAAUCAAUGUUGUGGGAAAUGGGUAUAGGAGGAUCGGAUAUUGGUCCAAUUAUUCAGGUUUAUCUAUUGUGCCUCCAGAAAUACUUUACAGGAAGCCACCUAAUCGUUCCAGGUCGACACAACAACUAUAUGACGUAAUCUGGCCUGGCCAAACAACACAGAAGCCACGCGGAUGGGUUUUCCCGAACAAUGGAAGGGAAUUGAGAAUUGGGGUUCCUAACCGAGUGGUUUAUCGUGAGUUUGUGUCAUUAGUACAAGGUCCAGACACCUUUGGUGGCUACUGCAUCGAUGUGUUCACCGCAGCUUUGAACUUCUUGCCAUAUGCUGUUCCAUAUAAGUUGAUUCCAUUUGGAGAUGGUCAUAACAACCCCAAAGUCAGUGACCUAGUCAGCCUGGUUGCAGCUGGUGUCUAUGAUGCUGCAGUGGGCGACCUUGCCAUCACUACAAAUCGAACAAGGAUGGUAGAUUUUACACAGCCAUACAUUGAAUCUGGAUUAGUCGUUGUAGCACCAGUCAGGAAGCGAAACUCAAAUGAAUGGGCCUUUCUGAGACCUUUCACUCCAAUGAUGUGGUGCGUUACAGGAAUCCUUUUCCUUGUUGUGGGAGUGGUUGUUUGGAUUUUGGAACAUAGGAUAAAUGAUGAUUUCCGGGGUCCUCCCAAGAGACAGAUCGUUACUAUCCUAUGGUGAGUGCCUCAAUUCACGAUACUAAUCAUUUUAUGAGAAUAUUUCUCACUCUUAAGAUCAGUCAUUUAUAUGGAGUUAUCUUCCUAGGAAUGCAUGCGAAUCUUUGCCCUUAGUGUAUUA